CACUUCACUUGCAUCUCCUCGUUGAGUGCUUAAACCUCUGCUGCUGCCGGAGCUAGGGUUUUAUUGCACUUUCCGGUGAUUAAUCCGAUUACAUCAUCCUCCAUGGACGACUUCGAGAUGGACGCACCAUCCAUCUUCGGGGAAGGUUCGAACGAUGAUUUCUGCGACUCAAUCCUCUCUCGCUUAUCCGGCUCCACCAAGGAAAGCCACUUGCAUCUCUGCGCCGUAGUCGGUGCCAUGUCUCAGGAGCUCAAGGACCAAAAACUCCCCUCCUCCCCUGUCGCUUAUUUUGGCGCUGCAUGCUCCUCCCUGGACCGCAUAUCAGUGGAACCCGACCCUCCCAGCCACGUCAUCGGUGCCCUCCUCACCGUUAUAUCCCUCCUCAUUCCGAGAGUGCCCGCUGCGGUGCUGAAGAAGCAGAGGGAAUUCUUGUCGGGCCUGGUGGAGCGAGUUCUUCGGUCGUUGGUGGCAUCAGAGAUUGUCAUGGUUUCAGGAUUGAAGUGCCUAUCACAUUUGUUGAUUAGAAGGGACAGUGUGGAUUGGUCGGAUGUGUCUCGGUUGUUCAAUGAGUUGUUGAGGUUCCUUACUGAUUCACAACCUAAGGUUAGAAGGCAAUCUCAUUUGUGUCUUCGUGAUGUUUUGCUGAACUUCCAAAAUUCUUCUCUCUUGGCCCCCGCAAGUGAGGGAGUCAGAAAACUUCUGCAAAGGUCCAUUCUGCUGGCUGGUGGAGGAGAUGCUAAUGCCAGCGAAGGAACUGUUGGAGCCCAGCAGGUUCUGUAUAUUCUUGAUGCUUUGAAAGAAAGUCUUCCCUUCUUGUCACUGAAUGACAAGACCACCAUUCUCCAGCACUACAAAAAACUCUUGGAUUUGCAUCAACCUCUAGUCACAAGGCGCAUAACAGAUGGCUUGAGUUUUCUUUGUCUCUACCCAACAUCAGAAGCUUCGCCCGACCCAUUACUCGAGUUGUUAUGCUCGUUGGCUCAUUCUAUCUCAUCAAAUGAGACUUCCGGAGAUGGAAUGACAUUUACAUCUACUGCUCGCUUGCUCGCUACUGGAAUGAAUAAAGUUUAUUUGAGCAACAGGGAUAUAUGUGUGGUUAAGCUCCCUCUUGUCUUUAAUGCUCUCAAAGAUAUUUUGGCAUCUGAACAUGAAGAGGCAAUAUAUGCAGCCACUGAUGCCUUUAAGAGCAUGAUUAACUCUUGUAUUGAUGCAAGGUUGAUUAUGCAGGGAGUGGAUCAGAUCUCUUGCAGUAAUGACAGAGAACCGAGGAAGUCAGGGCCAACCAUUAUUGAAAAAUGCUGUGCAACUAUUGAGAGCUUACUUGAUUACCACUAUACUGCUGUCUGGGACAGAGUAUUACAAGUUGUUUCAGCUAUGUUUAAUAAAUUAGGAAACAGUUCUCCUUAUUUUAUGAGAGGAAUACUCAAAAACCUGGUAGAUGUGCAAAAGCUACAUGAUGAAGAUUUUCCCUUUAAGAAACAGCUGCAUGAAUGCUUUGGAUCAGCUCUUGCUGCAAUGGGACCUGAACGAUUGUUGUCCUUUAUACCUCUGAAUUUGGAAGCUGAAGACUUGUCAGAUGCAAAUAUCUGGCUGUUUCCAAUCCUAAAACAGUAUAUUAUUGGUGCCCGUUUAAAUUAUUUUAAAGAUGAAAUCUUACCUAUGAUUGAGCGUAUAAGGGAGAAGGCUCGAAAGCUUGAGAAGCAAGGUUUCAAGGUUUCAUCAAGGAAUGCAGAUGCUCUUGCUUACUCUUUGUGGUCUUUGCUGCCUUCAUUUUGCAACUAUCCUGUGGACACUGCUGAAUGUUUUGUGAAUCUACAAGGACAUUUAUGCAGAGAGAUAAAAGAGGAACCUGACGUUCGUGGAAUAAUUUGCAAUAGCUUGCAGCUUCUGAUUCAGCAAAAUAAGAAUGCUGAGGAAGCAAAUAACACAGAUUUUAAUGGACAAGAUAUGGACAAACAAGGUCUUGUCUGUUAUUCUCAACAGGUUGCCAAGGACAAUGAGGAAGCAAAUAACACAGAUUUUAAUGGACAAGAUAUGGACAAACAAGGUCUUGUCUGUUAUUCUCAACAAGUUGCCAAGGACAAUUUGAACGUGCUGAAGUCAUCUGCAAAGCACUUACUAGUUGCUCUGGCAGAUGUAUUCCUGAAGCCCUCAAAAGAUGAUGGUGGUUGUUUGCAGCGAACUAUUGGUGAUAUUGCUUCCAUAGCAGAUAACACAGUUGUGGGGAAUUUACUCAUCCGCAGAAUGAGAGAGAUGGGAAAACGCCUUAAAGAUGCUGGCAGAGUAGACAAUUCCCAGAAUUUCAGUUCUAUGCAGAUUGAUGAAGCAUCAAAAGAAAUUUCUUCAUUAGUUAUCAAGGCACAGUACGUUGAUUUUGCAGUUUCCCUGUUGCCUGGUUUAACGGCUGAAGGGAUUGAUGCAUUAUAUGAUGUAAUAAAGCCAGCAUUAAAGGACGCCGAAGGUGUCAUGCAGAAGAAGGCAUACAAAGCACUUUCAAUCAUUCUCAAGAGUUCAGAUAGUUUUGUUUCUUCAAAGUUGAAGGAACUUUUUGAGCUGAUGGUUGAAAUUCUUCAUUCAUGCCAUUUUUCUGCCAAACGUCACAGGCUUGAUUGCCUUUACUUCUUAAUAAUUCAUGCUUCAAAGUCAGAGGAUAGUUUGGAGGACUUGUGGAGAAAAGAUGUUGAAGUUUUCCUUGUCGAAAUAAUAAUUGCUGUUAAAGAGGUUAAUAAAAAAACCAGGAACAGGGCUUAUGAUAUACUCGUCCAAAUUGGCCAUGUACUUGGAGAUGAGGAGAGAAAUGGGAACAGAGAAAAAUUGCUGGAGUAUUUUGACAAGAUUGCUGGGGGUCUGGGCGGAAAAACUUCACAUAUGAUAAGUGCAGCUGCAAAAAGUUUAGCUCGCUUGUCAUACGAAUUCACUGAUCUUGUUAUACCUGCUUUCGACUGGCUCCGAUCGACAUAUCUCCAACUCCCAACAGAAAAUAGAGAGAUAAUUAAGGCGAAUUUGGGUUUAUUGAAGGUAUUAGUAGUCAAAUUAGAAGCAGAAUGUUUAAAAGGGCAGCACCUACGGAGCAUGGUGGAAGGUUUGUUGAAGUGGCAAAACAGUACCAAAAAUCAUUUUAAAGCAAAGGUUAAACUUCUCUUGGGAAUGCUUGUCACAAAGUGUGGACUGGGUGCUGUUAAAGAUGUCAUACCUGAAGAACAUAUGAAACUUCUUACCAACAUACGCAAGAUCCAAGAACGGAAAGAGAGAAAACGGGGUGCUAAAUCUGAGGAAACUAAAUCACAUUUCUCCAAAGCAACCAAGUCCAGGCAAAGUAUGUGGAAUCAUACAAAAAUCUUUUCAGAUUUUGAUGAAGGAAGUGGCGGGAGUGAUGUGGACUAUCUAAAUGCCAAGACAAUCUCUGGAAGGGGCAAAUCAGCAGCAACUUCAUUGAGGUCCAACAUCAGGCUAAAGAAGAAUUUGCCUGAGCACUUGUCUGAUGAAUCAGAUGAUGAACCGCUUGAUCUGCUUGAUCGCAAGAAAACAUGGUCUGCUCUGAGAUCAUCUGAGCAUCUCAAAAGAAAAUCGAGGUCCGAAGAUGAUGAGAUGGAGCUAGAUCCCCAAGGACGUUUAGUUAUCCGCGAGGAAGGGAAACAGAGGAAGGAAAAGCCUGCCGAACCUGAGUACGAUGCUAGGAGUGAGCCUGAUAGUCACUUGUCUGGGAAGUCUGGGACUAAAGCCCAGAAGCGAAGGAAAACAUCAGACUCCGGGUGGGCUUACACGGGGAAGGAAUAUGCUAGCAAGAAAGCCAGGGGAGAUGUGAAGAGGAAAGACAAGCUCGAACCAUACGCAUACUGGCCACUUGAUAGAAAAAUGAUGAGUCGCCGACCAGAGCAGCGUGCUGCAGCGAGAAAGGGUAUGUCAAGUGUUGUUAAGAUGACCAAAAAGUUUGAAGGUAAGAGCGCUUCUGGUGUGUUGUCGAUGAAGAGCUUGAAACUAAAGAAGAAAGGCAGCAAAAAGAAAAUGUGAAUAAGGUCAAUGUAUAUUUGUUUAUCAUUGAUGAGGUAGAUAACCAUCCGGCAGUUUUCUUUAUUUAUAAAAUCGAUUUUAAUGUUCUCUUUUGUUUUGUCCUCCGCCCAAUGUGUACAUCACAAAAAUUGAUUCUAAAGUAGGUCAGAGCCAUUUUGAGUAGGUUUCUUGUUUGUUCUCCAGCAAAUGCAAGAACUUUCGGAUGUACAUUUACUGCUACUCGAUUUUGUUUUGCAUUUACUCCAAUCCGAAGAAAAAGUACCUUCGCAUCAAGGAUGGAUUGCUUUUGGUUAAUUUCUCGCAUUAAACAUGUGCAAUAUCUCAAGGUUUUUCUGAUUCUGAUGAGCAAUUGUCAAGUUUUGAAACUGA